AUUUUUAUUGAUUUCAGAGAAGGGAGAGGGAGAGAGAUAGAAACAUCAAUGAUGAAAAGAAUCAUUGAUCGGCUGCCUCCUGCAUGCCCCACCCUGGGGAUCGAGCCCACCACCCGGGCAUGUGCCCUGACCGGAAGCGGAACUGUGACCUCCUGGUUCAUAGGACGACGCUCAACCACUGAGCCAUGCCAGUCGGGCUGCUUCAGUUUUUAAAUUUAAAUUUCAGUUCGUGAAAAUUAAAUACAGUUAUUGGGUCAAAAUGGUGAGCCAGCAUCAAGCCGGUGGCUGGAGGGGCCUGGAAAAUGGUAUUACAGUGCUGCAGAUCCCACAAACCGAGGUUAAUGCGAGAGAUACGCUACAUGUGUAUGAGGAUGUGAAAGAAGCCUCAGGCAGGCUUCCUGCUAACGUGUGUGACGACAGGGUGUUUCGUGUUAAGCGAGCACUGGGCCUGCCCACAGAUCUGCCUAAAGAGCAGUGGACAGGACGUGAGGAGGGUGCACCGUACCUGAAAGAGGUUGUUCAGGAAAGGAGAGAAAGAGGAGAAUGGGCGAGGCAGCAAUCAUGCAGUCGAAAUCUGUGGGCGCAUCUGUCGUCAGAAUGUUAAUUUUGUUGGUUAAACCUGAAAUGUACAAUUUAGAACCAUCUGGGUUUCCACUAUAUUACUUUAAAUAAAUGUCUAUUAUAACAAAACAAAAAAAGAAAGUUAAAUGCAGUUAAAAAUCUAGCUCAAUUGGCCCUGGGCGGUGGCUAGGCUGGUUGGAGCAUCUUCCCGUACACCCAAAGGUUGUGGGUUCGAUUCCCGCCAGGGCACAUGCCUAGGCACGCACAUACAAGUUUCUCAAUCCCCAACCAUAAAAUAAUGUGUAUAGUUAUUUUUAAAGGAUUCUUUUUUAAAAAAAAAAAAAAUGUGUUUUUAAAAUUGAUUUUAGCGUGAGAGGAGAGGAGAGGGAGAGGGAGAGAGAAACAUCGAUGGGCUGCCUCCUGCACUCCUCCUGUCAGGAAUCAAGCCCACAACCCGGGCAUGUGCUCUGACCGGGAAUCGAACCAGCGACCUCUCAGUGCACAGGAUGACACUCAAUCAGCUGAGCCACACCGGCCAGGGCAAGAUAAUGUACAUUAUACGACAUAUAAAUGUGUGCAUACUUGUAUACAUAUUGUAUAUAUAAUAUACAUUAUUUUAUAGGAAAUGCUGAGAGCACGGCAGGGGAGAGGCACUGAGAACAGACACGUAUAUGUUUAUAAAAUGUAUUUUUAAAAUUCUGAGUUCACUCAGAAAUUUGAAAGAAAUUGCUGUAAAGCACUUAGCCCAGGGCCUGGCACAUAAGAAGUGUUAAAACAUCAGCUGGGCCCGGCUGGCGCGGCUCAGGGGUUGAGCAUCGACCUAUGAACCAGGAGGUCACUGUUCGAUUCCCAGUCAGGGCACAUGCCCGGGUUCCAGGCUCGAUCCCCAGUGGCGGGGGUGUGUAGGAGGCAGCUGAUCAAUGGUUCUCUCUCAUCAUUGACGUUUCUUUCUCUCUCUCCCUCUCCCUUCCUCUCUGAAAUCAAUAGAAACGCAUUUUUAAAGCAUCCGCCGCUGUUUUUUGUUAUUCUCAUCUUCCCAUUCUGAGACCUGCCGCUGUUUCCGUCUCGGUGAACUAUGUGUUGAUGUAAUAAACACUCCUAGUGCCCUAACCGGUUUGGCUUAGUGGAUAGAGCAUCGGCCUGCGGACUCAGGGGUCCCAGGUUAGAUUCCGGUCAGGGGCAGGUACCUUGGUUGCGGGCACAUCCCCAGUAGGGGCUGUGCAGGAGGCAGCUGAUCGAUGUUUCUCAUCGAUGUUUCUGGCUCUCUAUCCCUCUCCCUUCCUCUCUGUAAAAAAUCAAUAAAAUAUAUUUAAAAAAUAAAAAAAUAAAAAUAAAUAAACACUCCUAGUCCGCACACGGCAGCUGUCCAAGGACUGAGGGCUUUUAUUGUCACUGUGGGCAGCGGCAUGAAUGCUCAGCCCAGUGUGUGGCUGAGAGAGAACGUCCAUUUUUCUUUCUGUUCUUGUCAUUGGUUAUUGCUAUUUGUCACUCUGAGCCCAGGGCCCUCCAUGGUGACAGUUGCUGUAACACCUCCCCCCCCUUCCCACCCCUCUG